CAGUACAAGUUCCGGUUCAGAAACGGGUUUAUUAAAAAUAAAAAAUACUGUAUAAUUGUAUUACUAUAUUUAAUUCAGAAAUGAACUCUGCAUGGAGUUUGAGACUCCUUAUAUUUAGCGUUCGUAAAGGUUUAUAUCGACGAGUGCGCGACUGCAACCAAGGCUACUGCUCAGCGCAUGCGACUCCAACAGUUACCGCAACCGAGUUUAAAAGCAAACUGAGUUCCGGUCCGGGUUUAACACACUUUAUUAAACAUUCUGCUUCACACAAGAGUAAAGUUCCUGAGGUUUAUGAACAUGAAGAGCCGUAUCUCCCAGUACACUCCGCUGAUGAGUAUCCACGUAAAGUGUAUUUUGAAACAUAUGGCUGUCAAAUGAACGUGAAUGACACAGAAAUUGCAUGGUCGAUUCUCCAGAAAGGAGGUUAUCAGAGGACAGCCGAGCUCUCAGAGGCCGAUGUUGUGCUGCUUGUUACCUGCUCUGUAAGGGACAAAGCAGAGCAGACCAUCUGGAACAGACUCAAACAGCUUGGAGUCCUCAGAAAGAAGCGGCCUAAGACCGAUGUCCCUUUGAAAAUCGGAGUGUUGGGCUGCAUGGCAGAGCGACUAAAAACCGAGCUGUUAGAAAGAGAGCAGCUGGUGGACGUCAUAGCAGGACCAGACGCUUAUAGAGACCUACCACGUCUCCUGUCUCUCGCUCACGGAGGACAGAGAGCCAGCAACGUCCUGCUUUCUCUGGAGGAGACCUACGCUGAUGUCAUGCCAGUCCAUCAUGCAGGACACAGUGCUUUUGUGUCCGUAAUGCGUGGCUGUGACAACAUGUGCAGCUACUGUAUCGUCCCCUUUACUCGUGGAAGAGAGCGGAGCAGACCCGUGUCCUCCAUACUGGAAGAAGUGCGCAGACUCUCUGACCAGGGUGUAAAGGAGGUGACUCUGCUAGGGCAGAACGUGAACAGCUACAGGGACGUAUCAGAGAUGCAGAUCAGCACCUCAGGGGUUGUUUCAGGUCUCAGUCGGGGUUUCAGCACGGUGUACCGUGAGAAGCAGGGAGGUCUACGCUUCGCUGACCUUCUGGACAGAGUCUCCGUGAUCGAUCCUGACAUGAGGAUACGCUUCACCUCUCCACAUCCCAAGGAUUUUCCAGAUGAGGUGUUGGAUUUGAUCCAGGAGAGGAAUAACAUCUGUAAGCAGAUCCAUCUCCCAGCUCAGAGUGGCAGCAGUCAGGUUUUACAAUCCAUGAGACGUGGCUACACCCGGGAGGCGUACCUCGAGCUAGUGGAGAACAUUCGAAGGAUAAUCCCAGGUGUCAGUCUGAGCAGCGACUUCAUCACCGGCUUCUGUGGCGAGACGGAGGAGGACCACCAGCAGACGCUGUCUCUGAUCAGGGAGGUUGGCUACAAUGUAGGCUUCCUGUUCGCCUACAGCAUGAGGAAGAAAACGCAUGCAUACCACCGCCUCCAAGACGACGUCCCUGCUGAGGUGAAGCAGAGGCGCCUGGAGGAGCUCAUAUCUGUGUUCCGUGAGGAAGCCACUAAACUGAACUCGGGUCUCAUCGGGAGCACGCAGCUCGUCCUAGUGGAGGGAGAGAGUAAACGAUCAUCUGAGGAUCUUUGUGGUCGGAGCGACGGUAAUGUCAGAGUUAUUUUUCCCAGAAAGGAUUUGCACACCACAGACAUUAACACUGCCCCUGUUAAAGCGGGAGACUAUGUCCUAGUAGAGAUAACUUCAGCAAACUCACAGAGCCUCCGAGGCCAUGCCUUCAGUCACACCAGCCUGACUGCCAACCGACAAUAAACCUGUGAGGAGCAUCGUAAUGAACAGGCGGCUGUACUUUAAUAAUGCCUUUUCCAAAAAAAGGAUUUAUGACCCCAUGUGGGAGUCAUUUGAUUUACAAAAGAAGGUUAUGAUAAAA